UUUGUGUGUUGUUGUCUGAAUAUGUCACUCUUUCAGGAAUACACAGCGGUGUUAAUCUGUGUUUUAAUUCUGCUUUUGGUUCUUUAUCAUCUGUUCUCUGGGUCUAACUUGAAAAAUGAACCUCCUGGGCCAAAACCAUUGCCACUACUAGGAAAUCUGCUAAUGCUGGAUGUCAACAGACCAUAUUUAAGUCUCUGUGAGAUGGCGAAGCAGUAUGGCCCGGUGUUUACUGUGUACUUUGGUCCAAAGAAAGUGGUUGUGUUGGCUGGCUACAAAACAGUGAAACAGGCGCUUGUUCAUUAUGCAGACGAAUUUGGAGACAGAGAAAUUAUGCCACUGUUUCGUGAUUUUACUAAAGGACAUGGAAUUAUAGCUGCUAAUGGAGAGAGCUGGAAAGAGAUGAGACGUUUCGCUCUUACCAACCUGCGAGACUUUGGGAUGGGCAAGAAGAAGAUUGAGGAGAAGAUCAUAGAGGAAACAUGCCACUUAAAAGAGGAAUUUGAGAAGUUUGAAGGAAAUCCUUUUGAAACCAACCAGCUGAUGAACUACGCUGCCUCAAGUGUCAUCGCUUCUAUCAUUUAUGGGCACAGAUUUGAGUACACAGAUCCUCAGUUGAGGUGUAUGGUGGAUCGAGCCAAUGAGAGCGUUCGAUUGACUGGGACAGCAUCUGUACAGCUCUGUAACAUGCUGCCAUGGCUUGGUCCUUGGAUAAAGAACUGGAGACUGCUGAUGAAAAACCUUGAGCUUGAUAUCAAAGAGAUAUCAGACCUGGUGGAGAGUUCACGUCAAACCCUAAACCCUCAAAACCUCAGAGGAUUUGUGGAUUCAUUCCUGCUCCACCAGCAGACUGUAGAGGGAUCUGAAGAGAAAUCAUCAUUUUUCCAUGAGCAGAACCUCAUUUUUACUAUUGAUAAUCUGUUUAUUGCUGGUACUGACACUACCAGUACAACACUGCGCUGGGCUUUACUGCUGAUGGCCAAAUAUCCGCAUAUACAGGAUCAGGUUCAGGAGGAGAUUGAUAGAGUGAUUGGUGAACGUCAGCCGGUUACAGAAGACAGGAAAAACUUACCUUAUACAGACGCUGUGAUCCAUGAAACCCAGAGACUGGCAAACAUAGUACCCAUGAGUCUGCCCCAUAUGACCAGCUGUGAUGUCAACUUCAAUGGAUAUUUUAUCAAGAAGGGUACUUGUGUAUUUCCUCUUCUGACGUCUGUAUUAUGGGACGAGAAUGAAUGGGAAACCCCUCACAUAUUUAACCCUGAACACUUUCUGGAUGAACACCGCAGGUUCAGGAAAAGAGAAGCUUUUAUGCCGUUCUCUGCAGGUCGCAGGGCUUGUUUAGGAGAGAGUUUGGCGAGGAUGGAGCUCUUUCUGUUCUUCACUUCUCUCCUUCAGUAUUUUCGCUUCACUCCUCCACCUGGAGUCUCUGAAGAUGAACUGAAUCUCACUCCAGCUGUGGGCUUCACACUGAAUCCAUCACCACACAAACUGUGUGCACUCAAACGGUUUUGAUAUCUGUGGCACUAAAAAAUAAAAACUGUCACUGUCUUUAAAGAUAUCUGAAGUUAAAUAAUGUAAAUGUGACCCUGGACCACUAAACCAUCCACAAGUCGCAAGGGUAUAUUUGUAGAAAUAGCAAACAAUACACUGUGGGCCCUAUCUUGCACCCAGCGCAAUUGACUUUGUCAGUGACGCAUGUAUCAUUCAUAUUUUGCACCGGCGCACAGCGGGUUUUUCCCUCCACAGACGCACGUCGGCAAACUAGGGAAUGAACUUGCGCUCCCUGGGCGGUUCAGCGCAAAAAAGGAGGCGUGUUGCAGCGCAAACCAUCCCUGAUGCUAUUUUUCAGUUUCAAAAAACAAUUGCGCCACUGACCAAAAAAAAACUAGUCUAAAGUCAGUGGCGCGUUGCGCGUGGUUCAUUAUGCUAUUUUAAGGGCGCAUGCUUGACCAUAAUGUAUAGCGUGCACAACGCGCACACACUUUCCUUAUCUAAUCUACACAGAUGCAACAGUUAUUUUUGCAAAUCAUAAAUUGUUACAAUAAAAAAUAUUAACAUAUGAGAUAAGGGGAAUCAUAGUGGUGAGCAUUG